GUCUGUGGGAUUGAAUCUCCUCUGCAACACCACCCUCUAGCUCACAAAGCCUCUAUAUCCAGGGCAGGACAUCCCGGCUCCGGAGGGAAACCCAAGAGCAGAGACUGGCACUGGCUGGGCACCAGCAAAGCACCAACAUGACGAGUGAUGGGCAGCUGCGAGACAGGCUGCAGGCGCUGCAGUGCCACUUCACCUGGGACCUGGAUGCCCCCAGCCAGCUCAAACCAGAGCACGUCCUGCAGUGCCUGGCCGUGGAUAUCCAGCACACGCCCCACCACAACCAGGCCACGCUCCUGGCCCUGCGGGCGUUCCUCUGCCAGCGACUGGGCCGGUAUGCAGAUGCUCUGCAGAGCCUCCGGGAUGCUGAAGAGCAGCUGAGACAGGAUUUCCCAGAUGGGUCCCCUGGACAGGCCCUGCUGAUCUAUGGCAACUACGCCUGGGUGCACUACCACCUGGGCACCCUUGAUGAUGCCACGCGCUACCUGGAGCGCACGCAGGCAGCCCCCUUAGCCCCUGUGAGCACGGCUCUGGCUGCUGAGAUCUCUGCCCAGAAAGGCUGGUCUCUCCUGGCCGUCGGACUUAGCCACUGGAAGCGGGCCAGGCAGUGCUUCGAGGAGGCCCUAGCGCAGGACCCAGGCAGCAGGGAGCUUCGUGCUGGGCUGGCCUCAGCCCUUUAUGCUGCUUCGAUCCACUCCUCAGAUCCUGGGCUGAAGGGGGAAGCGAUGAGGCAGCUGGAGGAGGUUGUGCAGCAGCAGCCAGAGAACCGUAGGGCCAAGGUUUUUCUGGCAUGCCUACUUGACCAGGAGGAGCAGCAGGAGAGGGUGGAGGCGCUGAUCACAGCUGCAGUGGAAAGCUGCUGUGACGCAGAGGUCCUCAGAAUUGCAGCCAAGCUCCUCCAGCAACACAACCUAGAGAGAUCCACCAGGCUGCUGCAACAGGCUGUUCGAGAGGCCCCCGAUUACCACCUCGUCCACCAGACCAUGGGCAGAAGUUUAACAAAGCAAUGGUACCAGGCUAGGGGAGAGAGGAAGGAGCAGCUGCUGCAAGCUGCCAUCAGCGCCAUGAAGAAGGCAGUCAUUCGAAAUCCAGGCUCUGUGUUCAUUAAGCUGCAGCUGGCCGAGCUGUACAGAGAGAGAGACCCAUCCUGGGAGGAGCAGAUAUACCUGGAGCUGGAGCGGGAGGCUCUGGGGUUCAGCCUGCGGUGCCGCCAGGCCCUGUGCCUGUCCUAUGGGAAGUUCCUCAUGUACAAGAGGAAGGCACUGCAGCAGGCGGCCAAAAAGCUGCAAGAUGGCUACGCUAUCCCCAUCGCCACGCCGGAGAGGAUGCAGUGCUGCCAAAAGCUGAACAAAUUGAUUCAGUGGCUGAACGAAUCAGACCCCAGUAAGGCAAAGGCCAUUGAGCACUUCAUUCAGGAGAUGGAUAGUGUGGUGGCAGUAGACAAUGCAGUGGGCCUGGAAGAGGAGGAUGAGUAAUGUGAAGACCACAGCCCAGAGGGGGCCCAUCCUGAGUUGAGAGCAGGAGGGUCUGUGCUCCCAGCCCCGGCUCUCACCCCCCACCCCCCACCCCCAGGGCUGCGGCCUGUGGGCUUCUGAAUCCUUUGUGAGUUGUUGCUCUGUACAGCUGUUGCAGCCAGGCUUUCCUUGCUUUUGCGGAGUAGGUGAAGUUCAGACAGGCCCCAUGAGAAUGUGCUAGGCCAGGAGAGGACAUACGAGGGGAGCUGGGAACUGAGAAAGGCUGGGUCAGAUCCAGGACACUUGGUCAGUGGUUUAAGGGCAGUGACCGCGACGUGACACAGGGCAGGGGCUUUUGGACGUGUCUAUGCCACUUGGGUCCAGUGACUGUAGAAGCUGGAGACUGAGGCCGGGAGAGGGAGGGCUAUAAGGGGGCACGGACCCAGUGCAGUGCUGCUGUGGCACCUACUUGCCAAGGUUCCCGCCUGCAGGUGUUUGAAGGUCCGGCAGGGCACUUCUGAGAACGGGACUGCUGAGACAGGGUAGGGUUUGCUGCAUGCACUGCUCACUGCUCAGCUGUUCUUCGUGCUGCAGGAGGUUGCACCCUAGGGGUUUGAGAUCCCCAUGUCCUGCUUCUUUGGACACGUCUAGGUCUGUACGUCUAGAUCUCUCUUGCAUGCUUGGCUUGUCUGGGAUUAUCCUGUCCUUGCUUAGCAGCAUUGUGCUAUGGAGAUCCUUCAUAAACUUCCACUU